AGCCCUCGCUCGCUCUCCCGGAAGCGCCGCCCCCUCCGCCUCAGUCUCUCUCUUUCCGCCGCCAUCUUGAAGCCGGCUCCCCGCACAAAAUGCCUGGUGAAGCGACAGAAACCGUCCCAGCCACAGAGCAGGAACUGCCACAGCCUCAGGCUGAGACAGUAACUCCUCCCCCGGCCCCCGGGGAAGCAAGCUGGCCUCUCACAGGAGUGACCCUGGCAGCUGAGCAGACCAGAGCAGUUGCCACCAAGAGUCCUGAGGUGGCAGGCGAGGGUUCCCAGGCUGAGUCUGCUUUGGAGCCUUCAGCUCCUGCUGUCCCUGCCCCUCCUGCCGGUGCUCCUGCAGCGCCCGCAGCCGCUGUUUCUGAGCCUCCUGUCCAAGCGUCAGGGUCCGGCACAGAAUCCGACAGUGACGAAUCGGUGCCAGAACUCGAAGAACAAGACUCUACACAGGCCACCACACAGCAGGCACAGCUCGCAGCAGCAGCUGAAAUAGAUGAAGAACCAGUUAGCAAAGCAAAACAGAGUCGGAGUGAAAAGAAAGCACGAAAGGCAAUGUCCAAACUGGGCCUUCGCCAGGUCACAGGUGUAACCCGAGUCACCAUCCGGAAAUCCAAGAACAUCCUCUUCGUCAUCACGAAGCCAGACGUGUACAAAAGCCCCGCAUCAGACACCUACAUCGUCUUCGGCGAGGCAAAGAUCGAAGAUCUGUCCCAGCAGGCGCAGCUGGCAGCUGCCGAGAAAUUCAAAGUGCAAGGAGAAGCCGUCUCAAACAUUCAGGAAAACACACAGACUCCCACCGUACAGGAGGAGAGCGAAGAGGAGGAGGUUGAUGAGACCGGCGUCGAGGUGAAGGACAUCGAGCUGGUCAUGUCCCAGGCGAACGUGUCCCGGGCGAAGGCUGUCCGGGCCCUGAAGAACAACAGUAACGAUAUUGUAAAUGCUAUUAUGGAAUUGACGAUGUAGCCAUCAGAAGGGAGGAACCUUUUGGUUUUUCAGAGAAGAGUAAAAUGCAGCUAAAUUUAACAUUUGUACUAUUUCUAUCGAUAAAUAAAAGUUGUGGCUUAUUGUCGGUGAAA